AUGUCUUUUCAAAAAGUACACAUUUCUUUUUUGAAUCAUCAAAAUUUUCAACAACAAAAAGAUAAAUAAAAUAAUAAGGAUUUGAUGCAACUGAAAAUGUUUUUUACAUUCAGUUACAUCACAGCAAAUUUUAAAAGUGGAAUAGAUUCUAUUGAAAUUAAGGAUAUGAAUAAUGGAUAUUAAAAUGUCUAUCUCUCUUUAUAGAUUAAAAAAUAGAAAUUUUAUUAUCAUCUAAGUACGAUCAAUAUUUUAAUGUUGAAGAUAAUUCAUGCCUUUUUUGAUAGCUAGAUUUUGAUCAGUUAAAAUAAUUGUGAUUUUUAAGGCAAAGAAACGCAAAUAAAUUCAUUAAUUAAUUUUACAAAACCAAACAUACUCAAUGUGUUUUGCUAUUAUCCACUGCAAGCUUACACACCAUAUAUCAUCUAUCCUUAAUAAAUUUUAGUUCAACCCUAAGUUUAGACCAAUGAAAUUGAUGAAUCAAAUAAGAAUAACAUUAAAAUGGUUACAAAACAACAUUUAGAAGAAACAAAACCUCCUGAGAACUAUGAGAAUUAAGAUUUAGAUUUGGCAGAUGAACACUCAGAUGGAAAUGAUGAAGAUUACAGUGCAAAAGGCUUGAAUGAGAAUCAAGAAAAAAGUUAUGCUGUUAAUUAGUUGAAUGGAUCAACAAAUAUUUAGAAAAAUUACGCGAAAGCUGUCAUCCUAUACAUUAAAUAAUAAAAUGCAACUGUUAUUUCUCAAUUAGGGGAUAAAAAAGCCUCGAAGUUCUAUCGGUUAGUAAAAAAGAUGCAAAAUAAUAUCAGAAACUUAUCUCAUAUAAGCAAGUAUACACGAGACGAAGAUUUCAUUCAACUUUUUAGAAUUUUAUGUAAUAAGUUUUUGAGAAAAGAUUGCAUCAGUUACAUUUACAACUCAAAAAUCUAAUAGAAGACAAGCCAUUUGAAGGGCAAACAUAUUAUUAAAAAAAACCUAUUUAAAAUCUGA